AUGGAUCUUGAGAGGAACAGGGUGUUGUCCAAUUGGGACACCACGGUGGAUGAUGAAGAUGUCAUAGUUAUCUCUUCUUCUACGAAGCAACAACCAAAGUUGUCGACUUUUCUUCUCACGUGUGCCUAUGUUUCUGUUUGCAUCGUAAAAGCAACUGAUGAAGAAUCCAAAAAAAGGGAUAACAAUAAUGAAAAUAAAUUCAUGUUUGGAUUCGCUGUGGAUUGCAGGGCUAAAUUGGACCCUCCAGUUCACGAGAACUACUUUGGGAACUGUGUUGCCGGACAUAUCGUUGAUGCAAUAAAAGCAGAGGACUUCAGAAAAGAAAACGCGUUGGUGAUUGUUGCGAAAAAGAUUUACAGUAAGAUAAGAUCGGUUGGUACUAUGGAAGGAGCGCUUGAUGGAAUAGAGACGAUGUUCUUUAGAGCGGCGAUGAUGGUGAAAGAAGGGAAGAAACCAAUAGGAGUAGCGGGAUCAGCGAGGUUUGGUGUUUAUGGAAUCGAUUUUGGAUGGGGGAAGCCUGAAAAGGUAGAGAUAACUUCGGUGGACAGAGGAAUCACCAUUGGCAUGGCAGAGAGUAAAGAUGGGAGUGGGGGGAUUCAAGUGGGGCUUGUUCUUAAUAAGCAUGUGAUGCAUCUGUUUAAUGAAUUAUUUCAUGCUGGCUUAUGUUGAAAUCAAAUCAAUAAGCUUUAUUUUGUCCUUUGUAAUCCACGUGAUUCUACAGUUCAUUACUUGAAUAAAGAAAGUGAUCCAUGCUACGAUAC